CGGGGAGCCGACCCGAAUCACGUGACGGUGCCAACAUGGCGGCGCCGUGGCGGCGGCGCUGUGGUGGCCGCUGAAGGAGGCGCGGUUCUUCCGGGUGAUGGGCUUCGAGCGCUCCCGGCCCCGCCAUGCAGCCCCCGGCCCGCGAGCAGGACGCUCGCACCAAGAGCAUGUUCGUGUCGCGGGCCCUGGAGAAGAUCUUGGCCGAGAAGGAGGCGAAGCGGCCCCCGCACGGGCAGCUGCGGAGAGCCUGCCAGGUGGCGCUGGAUGAAAUAAAGACAGAACUGGAAAAACAAAGAGAAGGCACUGUUGCUCCACCAAAAGCAAACUUCAUUGAAGCUGAUAAGUACUUCCUUCCUUUUGAGCUGGCCUGCCAGUCAAAGUCACCACGCAUUGUCAGUACUUCACUGGAUUGUUUACAAAAACUUAUUGCAUAUGGACAUAUCACUGGCAAUGCCCCAGACAGUGGAGCUCCUGGGAAACGCCUGAUUGAUCGGAUAGUUGACACAAUUUGCAACUGCUUUCAGGGUCCUCAAACAGAUGAAGGAGUACAACUGCAGAUAAUUAAGGCUCUCCUCACUGCAGUAACAUCUCCGUAUAUAGAAAUUCAUGAAGGAACAGUUCUCCAGACUGUUAGAACCUGCUACAACAUCUAUCUGGCCAGUAAAAACCUUAUUAAUCAGACAACUGCCAAAGCUACCCUUACACAGAUGCUAAAUGUCAUUUUCACACGGAUGGAAAAUCAAUCUGUACAAGAAUCCAGAGAAGUGGGAAAAACAAAUCAGCAAAAAUCCCAGUCUCCUGCAAUUCAAGCAGUGACCAGAUCUCCAAAGAUGGGUCAGUUAAAGCACCACUAUCAGGAAGGCAAAUAUACUGCUCCUGUAAGUGUGGAAUUAACUAAUGGGGAGCCUGAGAGGACAGGACACGGAAAUGUGAAGUCAGAGCAGGAUUUGGUUCCUUCAGCAUCAGAGGAAACAACUGAUGGAGGGAAGGAAAUGGUUAAAGGCAUCUUGGAAGAUGUGGUUGAGUCAGCUGUGAAAGUAGCUGAAGAGAAGCAGGUAACAGAAAUGGCUAAGGCUCUACCUGCAGUAGAGACUGCAGAUACUGUUCUUUCUGGCUCUAGUAGUGAAAAUGUACAAACAAAUGGAAUUCCAGAUGAUGGACAGUCUGUUUCCUCUACUGAUAAUCUGGAAGCAGAUAUAUCUGGCCAUCAAGCUGCUGCCAAAUUUUCUCAUGUUCUGCAAAAGGAUGCCUUCCUUGUGUUCAGGUCACUGUGCAAGCUCUCCAUGAAACCACUUGGUGAUGGACCACCAGAUCCUAAAUCCCAUGAAUUGCGUUCUAAGAUAGUGUCUCUCCAGCUUCUUCUCUCAGUGCUACAGAAUGCUGGUCCAGUUUUCAGGACACAUGAAAUGUUCAUCAAUGCAAUCAAGCAAUACCUUUGUGUAGCGUUGUCUAAAAAUGGAGUCUCAUCUGUUCCUGAUGUGUUUGAACUCUCUCUUGCCAUCUUUCUCACACUUCUCUCAAAUUUUAAGACUCAUUUAAAAAUGCAAAUCGAGGUGUUCUUCAAAGAGAUCUUCUUGAAUAUUUUAGAGACUUCUUCAAGCUCCUUUGAGCACAAAUGGAUGGUGAUUCAAACUUUAACUAGAAUCUGUGCAGAUGCCCAGUGUGUAGUGGAUAUUUACGUUAACUAUGACUGUGAUUUAAAUGCUGCUAAUAUAUUUGAACGCCUUGUAAAUGAUUUGUCCAAAAUCGCCCAGGGACGAAGUGGCCAUGAAUUGGGAAUGACACUUUUGCAGGAAUUAAGCCUGAGGAAAAAAGGGCUUGAAUGUUUGGUUUCUAUUUUAAAAUGUAUGGUAGAAUGGAGCAAAGACCUUUAUGUGAACCCCAACCAUCAGACAAGCUUGGGUACAUAUAAACCAUCUGAGCAGGAAAUAGCUGAAGGAAAAUGUCUUGACAGUGGAGGGAGACGAAGUAGUGUCAGUUCCUUGGACUCCACUGUGUCGUCAGGAGUUGGGAGUGUUGGUACCCAAACUGCUGUCCCAGAUGACCCUGAGCAAUUUGAAGUCAUCAAACAACAAAAGGAAAUAAUUGAACAUGGGAUAGAGCUGUUUAACAAAAAACCAAAGAGAGGAAUACAGUAUCUACAGGAGCAAGGAAUGCUUGGAAGUACAGCAGAGGACAUUGCACAAUUUCUGCACCAAGAAGAACGUCUCUGUUCUACUCAAGUAGGGGAAUUUCUUGGAGAAGGCAGCAAGUUUAACAAGGAAGUGAUGUAUGCCUAUGUGGACCAGCUUGAUUUCUGUGGGAAAGACUUUGUCUCUGCCCUACGUAUAUUUCUGGAAGGCUUCCGGCUGCCUGGUGAAGCCCAGAAGAUUGAUAGAUUAAUGGAGAAGUUUGCUGCUAGAUAUAUUGAAUGCAACCAACGGCAAACGCUGUUUGCUAGUGCUGACACUGCCUAUGUUUUGGCAUACUCCAUCAUAAUGCUGACUACAGAUUUACACAGUCCACAGGUAAAGAAUAAAAUGACAAAGGAACAAUACAUUAAAAUGAAUCGAGGAAUCAAUGACAGUAAAGACCUGCCAGUGGAGUAUUUAUCCACGAUCUAUGAAGAAAUAGAAGGAAAGAAAAUUGCCAUGAAGGAAACAAAAGAAUAUGCAAUUACAACCAAGUGUAGUAAACCAAGUGUAGCUAAUGAGAAGCAGCGGAGGCUUUUGUACAACUUGGAGAUGGAACAAAUGGCUAAAACUGCUAAAGCUCUCAUGGAGGCAGUAAGCCAUGCAAAGGCUCCUUUUACUAGUGCCACUCAUCUGGAUCAUGUCAGACCCAUGUUCAAACUUGUUUGGACUCCAUUGUUGGCAGCUUACAGUGUUGGCUUGCAGAACUGUGAUGACACAGAAGUUGCAUCCCUUUGUUUGGAAGGCAUACGAUGUGCAAUUCGAAUAGCCUGCAUCUUUGGAAUGCAGCUUGAACGAGAUGCUUACGUACAGGCCCUUGCUCGGUUUUCCUUGUUGACAGCCAGUUCCAGUAUCACAGAAAUGAAACAGAAGAACAUAGAUACCAUUAAGACACUUAUUACAGUCGCUCACACAGAUGGCAACUAUCUUGGGAACUCUUGGCACGAGAUCCUGAAAUGUAUUAGCCAGCUGGAGCUAGCACAACUUAUAGGAACUGGAGUAAAAACUCGGUAUUUAUCUGGUGCUGGACGUGAAAGGGAAGGAAUCAUUAAAGGCUAUGCAUCUGGAGGGGAAGAGUUCAUGGGCCUCGGAUUAGGUAAUCUUGUUGGAAGUGGUGCUGAUAAGCGGCAUAUGGCGAGCAUUCAAGAGUCAGUGGGAGAGACCAGUUCCCAGAGUGUAGUGGUAGCAGUAGACAGGAUAUUUACAGGAUCAACUAGGCUGGAUGGAAAUGCAAUAGUUGACUUCGUCCGAUGGCUGUGUGCUGUCUCUAUGGAUGAGCUGGCUUCCCCUCACCAUCCACGCAUGUUCAGUCUGCAGAAGAUAGUGGAGAUAUCCUAUUACAACAUGAAUCGCAUUAGGCUGCAGUGGUCAAGGAUUUGGCAAGUGAUUGGAGAUCACUUCAACAAGGUUGGCUGUAACCCUAAUGAAGAUGUUGCCAUCUUUGCAGUAGACUCAUUAAGGCAGCUGUCCAUGAAGUUCCUUGAGAAGGGAGAGUUGGCCAACUUCCGCUUCCAGAAAGACUUCUUAAGGCCUUUUGAGCAUAUUAUGAAGAAGAACAGAUCUCCAACUAUUCGGGACAUGGUCAUACGCUGUAUAGCUCAGAUGGUGAACUCUCAAGCUGGUAAUAUUCGCUCAGGCUGGAAAAAUAUCUUUGCUGUCUUUCACCAAGCAGCAUCAGACCAUGAUGGGAAUAUUGUGGAGCUGGCCUUUCAGACUACAGCACAUAUAGUUACAAAUAUUUUCCAACAGCACUUUCCUGCAGCAAUUGAUUCAUUCCAAGAUGCAGUAAAAUGUCUCUCUGAGUUUGCUUGUAAUGUUGCAUUCCCGGACACCAGCAUGGAAGCAAUUAGACUUAUUCGGUAUUGUGCAAAAUAUGUUUCAGAAAGACCACAGGUAUUGAGAGAAUACACGAGUGAUGACAUGAAUGUUGCUCCUGGGGACAGAGUAUGGGUCAGAGGAUGGUUCCCCAUUUUAUUUGAGCUUUCUUGUAUCAUAAAUCGUUGCAAAUUAGAUGUUCGAACAAGAGGUUUAACAGUGAUGUUUGAAAUAAUGAAGAGUUAUGGCCAUACCUUUGAAAAGCAUUGGUGGCAAGAUCUGUUCAGAAUAGUUUUUCGGAUUUUUGAUAAUAUGAAACUUCCUGAACAACAAACAGAGAAAUCUGAAUGGAUGACCACUACGUGCAACCACGCACUUUAUGCAAUCUGUGAUGUAUUCACGCAGUUUUAUGAAGCUUUAAAUGAGAUCCUUCUUCCUGACAUACUUGCACAGCUACACUGGUGUGUGAAACAAGAAAAUGAGCAGUUGGCUCGAUCAGGUACAAACUGCCUGGAAAAUCUGGUAAUACUAAAUGGACAGAAAUUCAGCCCAGAGGUCUGGGGCCAGACGUGCAAUUGUAUGCUAGAAAUCUUCAAAACUACCAUUCCUCAUGUCUUGCUUACAUGGAGGCCAGCGGGAAUGGAGGAAGAUUCAGCUGAAAAGCACUUGGAUUUGGACCUAGAUCGUCAGUCAUUAAGCAGCGUGGAUAAAAACGCUUCAGAAAGAGGACAGAGUCAACUUUCAAAUCCAACAGAUGAAAGCUGGAAAGGGGGUCCUUAUACAAACCAGAAACUGUUUGCUGGCCUCCUUAUAAAGUGUGUGGUACAGUUGGAAUUGAUACAGACCAUCGAUAACAUAGUAUUCUAUCCAGCAACAAGCAAGAAAGAAGAUGCUGAGCACAUGGCUGCAGCUCAGCGAGAUGCACUGGAUGCAGAUAUCCACAUUGACACAGAGGACCAAGGAAUGUAUAAACACAUGUCUUCACAUCACCUCUUCAAGUUACUAGAUUGUUUGCAGGAGUCCCAUUCUUUUUCAAAAGCCUUUAAUUCAAAUUAUGAACAAAGAACUGUGUUGUGGAGAGCAGGGUUCAAGGGUAAAUCAAAACCUAAUCUCUUAAAACAAGAGACCAGCAGCCUGGCCUGUUGCUUGAGAAUACUUUUUCGAAUGUAUGUGGAUGAAAACCGCCGAGACGCCUGGGAUGCCAUACAGCAGCGUCUGCUCAGUGUAUGCAGUGAAGCCCUGGCGUAUUUUAUUACCGUGAACUCAGAAAGCCACAGAGAAGCUUGGACCAAUCUCCUGUUGCUGCUUUUAACAAAAACACUGAAAAUCAGUGAUGAAAAGUUUAAGGCACAUGCUUCAACAUAUUAUCCAUACUUGUGUGAAAUCAUGCAAUUUGACCUGAUUCCUGAGCUUCGAGCUGUGCUACGGAAGUUCUUCCUGCGUAUAGGUGUUGUGUUCAAAAUCUGCAUAACAGAGGAGCAAAUACGGACAACUGGGACAAAUUUACCCUCAUGGUAGCCCUAAGUAGAAUUGGUUACUUCUGCUUCUUCAUAAAGCUGCUCCAGAGAUGGACUGAAGUGGAUAGGGGAAGAAAUGGGACCCUGGUAUAGCAAAAGAAAGCAAGUUACUCUUAACACAAUGGCAUUUGAGGAGGAAUGGGGAGGGAAGGAAAGGGGGGGGGG